AGCUGGAGUACGUGUUUGACCGUCCUGGUGAACCGUCGCGAAGUCCGAUCGUCGACGUCGUCGGUGUACGAAGAGUCCGAAUUUUGACAGAAAAGUCAAGAGUGCCGAAGGAGAACUCGAGAUCGUAUAUGUCGGACGACGCCGGGCGUUCAAUACUCUCGAAUGCGUGGAAGAAUAUGUUGAUGCCAGCGACGGCCGACGGAUCUCUCGAUUAACGUUGAAAAUCAAUAUUUCAUUCUUCUUGAGACCUAAAGCUUCCAAAGAUCUAGUUCGUCGAUUAUUAAUAAUGACAUUAUUAUCCAAGAAUGACAUUUAAAAUCUAAUGGUGAAAUAGACGACGGAGCAUCAAGUGCAUCGUAUGUACAUAUCACAUCACGAAGAAGCUGAAUUUAGAACAAGAAAAUACAAUGCUAGAAAAUAUCUUUUGCGGGAUAUAGGCGCACAAAAAAAUAAUAAUCACUCACAUUUGUAUAAUAGAAAUAUAUAUAUAUAUGAUGACAGAAACUGUCAACGUAAAAUCGACGAUAUUGUCCACGCAAUAUAAUUUUUAAUAAAAACGAAUAAUGCGCGGCGCAGAUUUGAUCCUGCAUAUUUCAUUUAAGAAGUGUGAUUCAAAUGUUUGUAUACAGUCUCAUUAAGCGCUGCCUGAGAAAAGACCGUAAAGUAUCGUGAAAAGAAAGUUGCUGUAUACGAAUUAUCGGCUAAAGAUCGGUCGGGAUGCGAAAGAUAUAAAAGUUAAGGGACAAGAAGAGUUGGGUCAUCAUGUUGAUAUCUUAAAAACACUCUUCUGACUUUAAUGGGGGAAUCCGCUCGUGUCGGCUGGGUCAUUCCGCGGCGAUGCGGCGGAUUCCAAGAAUAACGGAGCAUGGGACUUGUUGAGGCGACGGACUGUAUCUAGAGAGCAUCUUCGAAGCAUUACUCGAAGAGAUUCGUCCAGGAAUCGCGAUGUAACUGAUCGUCGCCCGAAAGUGCCGCGUGACUCGAUCGCGUCAACACACCAUCGUUCUUUAACAGUCAUACGUGAAAAAAGGAAACUAAUGCAGCGAUCAUCAGCUGACACUUGGGAUCGCGUCGCUUAUUGUUUCGAGUUCUGCUAGAGGUUGCGAUGUAAUGGACUUUACAGCAUGGAACUUAGACAGCGGUCGGACGUUCUUUUUAACUGCGUCUUCGAAUGACUUCGGAGUGUAGCUGCAAUAAAAUCGCGGAUAGUAGCGAGACGUAAAAUCUCGAAGAAACCGGUGCGCGUUAGAAUCGGCAUGAGUAACGGCGAAGGCGUGGUAACGGGUCCGGGUUCCGGCAACGAUCGUCUGUGCGAGGACGUCGACAUGGCUACUCCGACGUCAGCAUCCUCGAAUCUGAAACCGCGAAGUGGCAAGAUCAGCUUCAGUGUCGACGCCCUGCUGAGCGGCACGAAGAAAAGUGCCAUCAGCGGCGGCGCCUUCGCGGCUAGGCGAGAGAACGAUGACAGGAUGGACGCGGAGAAGAGUCUCGAGAUGGAGAGUAGAUAUCGUGAGCUGCUGAUGGAGCAGCAGAGGCUUCAGAGCAGAGAAUUGCUCGCCAGGCUGAGCCCACACGGGCUUGCCGGCUUCGGCAAUCAUCAUCAUCAUCAUCAUCAUCAUCAUCAUCCGAGCAGGCUCGAUCAGGAUCACGCGCCCGCUCGUCACGAGAUGCUCACGGUGAAAGAUUUCUCUAGAACAAGCCAUGACAAGUCGUCCUCGCCCAUCAGGAUAGAUCAGGAGAUCCCGAAGGACCGCGACGAUCAUCGACUGACGACCAGCUCGCCGAGCGCGAUCGGCGAAACGAUGCUCCAGCGAGAACAGGAGCGUAUUCAGGAGGACGACGAGAGGAUCGACAGGAUCACCAAUCCGAGAUCCGUGUCGCCUGCGAGCAGACGGGAGAUCCUGGACGAUCGUAGCGACUCCGAAGCGAAUCGCUCGCUGGAAGGUGACCGAACGACGGAUCAUCUGGACCUCGAGGAUCAUGAAAUAAGAAGCGUCGGCCAGUCCGAGGAUCUGAACGUGAUGGAUUCGGAUUGCGAGCUGGAGAGGGAUCUCGAGGCCGGUCAAGAGAAGGAGGAGAAGUCCAGUCCGGUAGUGCCUCAGCCGAUUCAUCCCGGAGUGCAAAGGCCCUCGCAAGGGCCGCCAUAUCUCGCCGGAGCACCCGGUGCUCCCGGCUGGAACCCCGCGGGAUUUCCACAUUCUCUGGCGGGGUUCGCGUGGCUACCCCCACCCCCACAUCCGCACAAUCCUCAUGGACAUCUUUACACGCCGCACGGCGGGCCUACUAGUCCGAACGGGGACUUAAGACUGCCGGGACCUGGACCAGGUCCGGUCAGAUGCACCCUCAGAAAGCACAAGCCAAACCGAAAGCCAAGAACGCCCUUCACGACGCAGCAGCUGUUAUCGCUCGAGAAAAAGUUUCGCGAGAAACAGUACCUGACGAUAGCCGAAAGGGCAGAAUUCUCAUCGUCCCUUCACCUUACGGAAACACAGGUGAAGAUCUGGUUUCAAAAUCGAAGAGCUAAGGCGAAGAGGCUUCAGGAAGCGGAAAUAGAGAAACUAAGACUAUCCGCGAGACCCCUUCUGCAUCCCAGUUUCGGGUCGGGACUUAUGUUUUCUGGGGUGGGCCCGCCUGGUACCCCAGGAGUGCCUCCCUUCAUUGCAGCUGCUAUGGCUAGGCAUACUCAUGCCGCGGCGGCGGCGGCCAUGUUCAUGGGACCGCCGGGACACCGACCUUAAUAAUAUACGUCGGAAUAUUAUAUACACGUGCGAUUGAAAAUCAAUUCUUGACGCGUUCGCCUAAAGAUUUGGCAACCUAUUCGUAAAAUAAGAACUCGAUGGUGUAAGAUCUGUGAGAGAACACGAGAGGGAUCCAAAGAUUAAGGAGUUACAAGAGACAGAAACUGUUUCUCUGAUUAAUUCAAGAAUACGAAAAUCCAAAAUUUAGUAACUUACAAAUUUGCAAAGCCACAACUUUGCGAAUUAACGAAUGGGAAAAGUGAGGAUGCAGAUAAAGUUGGUGAUCGAGGAACUGAAGAAUUGCAUUCUGAAGGAAUUGAAGAAAGCAAGAAUAAUAAUUUUAAAAUUCGAGAUUACAAGAACUCCAAAAAUUCCAAUCAUUUAGCAUUGAAAGUCGAAAUUGCAAUUAGCGUCAAUUCAAAAAUGUCUUAUUUCUCUCUAAAGAUAAUCAACAUAUAGAUAACUUAAUUUUUUUUUUUAAAUAUUAAACCAAAAGUUUAUCAUUGAAACAUUUCUACUUAAAAAAUUUUCUAACUUAAAAAGAACAUUAUAUUUUUUUGCUGAACGAUGGAAUAUAUCGGCGUCUCGAAAGACGCUCUAAGCUUUGAUCUCAAAAGAAAAUAUGAGUGUAUAUAGUGUAAAUAGAUAUGCGUUCGUACGGUAAUUAUGGGUGUACGUAUGUAUAUACACACGUGUACAGGACGCUUCGAUUACUCUCAUUAUCAGAAGGAGGAAUCGAGAGGAGCGAGCGUUCGAGAGUUAGUUUAACGAUUUGGACCGCGCUGGAUCUAGCAAACAUUCGUUUCAGGAUUUGUUUUAAAUAUGGACCGGCUGAAAGUGCAGUGAUGUAAACGAGGUACGUUUAAAUAAUUACGAGUCUGAGAGCAUUGAAAAACUUUAUUAUUAAAGUCAAAAUUUUCUCGUUAAAAAUAAUUUCACAUUAAAAAAAUAUUUCCAAACAAAUUUUGUUUAUCAUAAAACAUCAAGUUGCUACAUUUGAAAUAUAUUUUCAAAAAUUAUAUUAGGAAUAUUAGCGUGACGUUAUUUUUCAUAGCUAUUAUUAAAUCAAGCAAUGAUUUUUCAUUGGCAAAUACCGCUUGCAAUUCACUUAAUCCUGAUGUCUUUCAGACUUGUUGCAUUUUUUCUACGUGAGAAAAUGUGAUGCAAGCAUACGCAAUUAAGUAUCAGCUUGUAUCAAUUGUGUGAAUCGAAGAAGAGAUGGAAUCGUUCGUAAGUAAAUACUGAAGUUACGAAUGUGGCAUGGUUCUAGACGUACCUAUAUGCGCCUUGUAUAAAUGUAAGAUGAUAAUUUAUUCAUGAAGGUAUAUUAUAGCGAAAUAAAAAUGAUUUCAGUAUUUA